GAAGGCACCGCGCGGUCCAUUGACGUAGCAUGGGCAACGUACACAAUGGUCGUUAAUACGAUUUCAAUGGAGUUUCCUAGCUCAUCAAAAGUAUCUCUGGUGUUAUACACCACUGUUGGAUGAGAGCGUAUUGUGAUUCUCGCAGUGCAGCGUGGGAUAGCGGAGGCGCAACCGACCGAGAGAAAUGGAUGUGUUUCUGAUGAUCCGGCGUCACAAGACGACCAUCUUCACUGAUGCCAAAGAGUCCACUACGGUCUACGAGCUGAAGCGCAUAGUGGAGGGUAUCCUAAAGAGGGCACCGGAGGAACAGAGGCUGUACAAGGAUGACAUGUUGCUGGAGGAUAGUAAGACUCUUGGAGACUGUGGCUUCACAAAUCAGACAGCCAGACCUCAGGCCCCAGGGACUGUUGGAUUAGCUUUCCGUCUCGGUGAUGAUGCAUUUGAGCAGCUGAGGGUUGAGCCCUUCUCCAGCCCCCCAGAGCUUCCUGACGUCAUGAAGCCUCAGGACUCUGGCAGCACAGCCAAUGAGCAGGCAGUGCAGUGAAGGAAGUAGGCAGGGAAGGGGGGGGGUCUGGGAAGUGGUGCUUUGGAUUAUGUAGGCCGGCUUUACAGACUGCUUUAGGGUAACAUGCGAGUGUACCUGUGAGAUCUUUAACUUUGCAGGAAGAACAUGAAUUCCCUCUCACACAGAGGGGAGUAUUUUCAUGUUAUUCCUGAACUAGGCUCACGCAUGUUUAGAUUCACUCACAAGAUCCCUCAACAAACAUUUCUAAUUUGUCAGGCCACUGUCAGUAAGGGGGUUGGGAAAAAUGCAUCAUACCUCCUAAUUUAAUUCAUACUAGUCUUUUGGGGAGGGUGUAGCCUGUGUUUUGGUUUGGUGGGGAUUUGAGAAGGGAGUGGCUAUUACAUUUUUAGAAUGCCCUCUUGCUGAUUGUGUUUUCUUUAUUCAAUAUUAAUAUUACAAUUUAGUGGUUUUUAAUUACUCCUUGGGGUGGUAGUAUGUGGAGCAACAAAGGGUUUGUGAGUUAUUAGCUUAUCUAGAUAACAUGUGCAUGAAUGGAUCUGAAAUAAACACACAAACAUGUUGAUGCUAUGACAUAAAAUGUAUAGCAGAACACAUGUACUUGCACACACGGAUGGACACAUACACAGAAUGGUGUGAAGAUUUACAAUCGUCAGUUUUUAUUUCAGUGUAAAGGUAUUAAGCUUUCCCACUAUCUGGUUUUUGUUUGCUUGUUUCUUUACUUUUGAACCUUUGCACUGGAGUUCCUGUGUAUUUUCUUUUCUUCUCCUAAUUCUCUAUACAAAACUACCAAUUUGACCCCUAUUCCCCAAAUUACACCACCCCCCCUUUUUUUGUCUGAAGUGUAAAUGGUAAAACCUUCAGUGGAAAGCGACAGGAAUCACUUAUCUUUUGUGAUAAACAAGCAUGAAGGUACCAUUUACUGGUGUUGAAUUGAAAUGGGUGUAAACUGUCUCAAUUAGAUUCAACAACCUGACUUUGGGGUGGUUGUCAUGCCCUUUUUUUAAGAUAUGAUGGAUAUGGUUCACCAACAAGCUCUUUUAAAAACAGGACUUUAUGAAACAAGCAACACCUGUAAUUGUCUUGAGUUGACAUAAAAAAAAUAAAAAAAACAUUUACUUUGUCA